GAAUGUUUUUAAGGGGAAAGGACUCGAAAACUCUAAUGUGCGGUCAAAGAUUCAAUAAAACAAGAAUUCAACGGCCAAAGAUUUCGGUGCACACUAUACAUAUUACAAACAUCUCUAUAUGACAUCAUUGAGUCCUUUUAUAUUUCUAUUUUUGCGAAUUUUCCAAUAUGUACGUGGCAAAUUUCCAAAGAAGUUGCCAGUUUUCUUGUGUAUAUAGGCAUGGCACAACAUAACUGAAUUUAGCACUUGUCCCCUCAUCAAAUCAUAGCCUAAAGAACAGAAGAGUAAGAGUUUUCGAAGUUUAGUUCGAAGCACCAGAUGGAUCCGAGGCUUUUAGAGUCAAUUACCAGCAACAAUGUACCUGCAUUUAUCGCCUUAGUUAGCGAAAAUGAAGGACUUGUUGAGCAAAGAACAGCUGAUGAUUCCUUGAACACGGUUUUACACAUUGCUACUAAGUUCGGAUGCAUUGACAUUGUGUCCGAAAUUGUUAAGUUGUGUCCUGAAAUGGUUGCUGCGGCAAACAAACUCCUAGAGACUUCGGUGCAUGAAGCUUGUCGCCUGGGAAAUGCUAGCGUCUUAAAGCUACUCUUAGAAGCCAAUCCCCGGGCAGCCUGUAAGCUUAACUCCGACAAGAGGAGUGCUGCCUUUGUAGCUUGCAGGCUUGGCCAUUUUGAUGUGGUAAAUCUCUUAUUGAAUCAGUCCGGGCUUGAAGGCUUAGAGGACGUUGGAAUUGACGAAACAUGUAUUCAUAUCGCUGCAUCCAGCGGACACACAGAUAUUGUUCGAGGGAUCCUAGACAUGUCCUCCGACUAUGCUCAAAAGACCGAUGCGAAUGGAAAUUCACCGUUGCACUACGCUUGUAGCAAAGGGCACAGGGAGAUAACUUGGAUGCUCCUGCAGCGAGAUGUGAAUCUGGCAUUGCAGUAUAACAACAACGGUUACACGCCUUUGCAUUUGGCAGCAAUGCGUGGAAAUAUUUCAGUCCUUGAAGACUUUGCAUUGAAGACUCCUGCAGCUUUCCACUAUCUGACUAAAGAAGAAGAGACGCUAUUUCAUCUGACCGUGCGAUAUGGAAAAUUUGAAGCUUUGUUAUUCUUGAUGCAUGUCGCUAACAGCUUCAAUCUAUUUCAGUGUCAAGAUCGGUAUGGAAACAGCAUUUUACAUCUUGCAGUUUCUGGCGGGCAUUAUGAGUUCUUCCAGAUUGCUGAGUACUUGAUCAACAAAGCAAAAGUGGAGAUCAAUUCACGAAACUGCAAAGGACUUACGGCGUUUGACAUCCUCAACCAGGCCAAGGACAGUGUAGGCGCUCAAAAUCUUCAAACCAUAUUCCAUAAAGCUGGUGGUGAAAAAAGUACUAACAUGACAGCUUGUUCACCAGAAACAUUGUCUUCAAUGCAGAGUUACCUAUUCGAAUCAGGUAUGUCUAAUGCAAACGAAAAUGGUAUUCUCCCCUCUUUGCCAGAAAUCACCUACACUCCGCAAGAGGAUCAAUACAGGUCUAAAAUGUCAUCGCUCAGUAAUCAUGUUCAUGAGAGAUUUGAGAAGGUAGCAUACAAACUGGAGUCUUCAUCCCCAACCAAUUCACGUCAACGCAAGCCUUCCAGCAAAAGGCAAUGUGAAUACCGUAAGGAGCAUAAGAUAUACAGAGAGGCGAUACAAAAUGCUAGGAACACUAUAACGCUAGUUGCGAUUCUGAUUGCAACAGUUGCUUUUACUGCUGGAAUUAGCCCUCCUGGCGGUGUCCAUCAGGACGGAACAAUGAAAGGGAAAGCAGUGGCAGGCAGAACAACAGCUUUCAAGGUCUUUGCAAUAAGCAAUGACGUUGCGCUCUUCACGUCACUCUCUAUAGUUGUUGUUCUUGUCAGUAUCAUCCCCUAUCGAAGAAAACCGCAGAUGAUGUUGCUGGUGGUUGCUCACAAGGUCAUGUGGGUAUCUGUGGCAUUCAUGGCGACUGCGUAUGUUGCAGCAACAUGGGUGAUAAUGCCACGCAACCACGGUACAGCAUUUGUCCUGGUGACGCUACUAGCAGUUGGUGGCGGCACUCUUGGGACAAUCUUCGUCGGUCUUGGAGUGAUGCUGGUUGAUCAUUGGCUUAGAAAGUUGAAUUGGAGGAAAUUGAAAAUGGGAAUAUGGAGAUCUGCAGAUGGAGUGGAAAGCCAAAAUUCUGAUGUUGAAAGCUCCUUCCAUCAAGGAUAUCACUCCUACUGAAUGUUUGCGAUGGGAUUAAAAGCACACUACAAAGUAGCGCAUAAAUGUCCUAUUAAUUUUCAUUAUUCACGCUAAGAUUUGUCAAUUGUAGCAUAUGAAAAUGGGUUUUUCCCGCAAAAAAACUGUCUUAUCUAA